AUGCCGGCUCCCGACAAGACGGGCGAACUGUGCCCCUGCAAAGUGGCGUGGCGAGCAGUGUAUAAUCCUCUUAGCGUGCGGCGCGCAUCUCCAGCAAGUAGUGCGCCCGCCACUCAGGCAGCGCUCCGGCGCGCCGGCGGCGUCUUACCGAACUACUGCUGCGGUUACACCCGGCAGUGCGGUUCCAGCCAGGUUGGUUAUACGUUCCUGUUGGUGGCCGUGUGCGAAUCUGCUGGUAACGGAGGAGACCUGGCGGUGGUGACGGAGACUGGUGGGGAGGAGACGACGCCGACCGCUGCCGACAACCCGUCCGUGGACCAGGCGUGGCUGAUGGAGGCCAUCAGGGACGUGGCGUACGACCUGCGCCAGCACAAAUUCUCAGACUUCGACAGGCGCUACUUCGCUAAGGAGGAAGGCGCGCCCAGGUGUACUAAUUCUAAAGGAAACUUUAAUCCAACAUCCUUAUCUGCACAGGGAUUUUUCGGCAGUUUUCCAACGCCGCCUCUGAGGUCAUUCCAUUGGGAAGUGCAGCAAUACUGCGGGACAGACUUCUACGACUGCAUCAGAUAUUUGCAAGAGAAGGCGCUGCAGGCUGGGCUGCGCCGCCAGGAGGACACGACGGUGCUGAUGCGUCUGCACAACUGGACGCUGGCCGACGCCGACGUGGCCGCCGCCGACGCCGAGUGCCGGCGCCUGCGCGACAAGGACUGGAUAGAGGCGCAGCCAUUCCGUGGCCCACUCGAGAGGUUCCAGUGGCGGACUAGCGCGAGCCUCUACCUGUGCUGGCACACGCUCCGGGGCCGCGCCGAGCUGGCGGCGCUGGGGGAGGCCUGCGACGACUGGGCCUCGUGUCUGCAGCCAGACGGCCGGGGCGACGUCAGAGCGAACGACACCCAGCCGUUCGCCUGCGCCCUCUACUCCUUCUGUCCAGAUCCCUGUUGCCCACGGCUAAAGCAUGUGUCAGCAAUAGAGGAGUGCUGGCAAGAUGCUGAAGGAAACCCUUGCUGGGAGGAAGCACCAGAGGGCUCUAAAGAGUGCUCACUGCCUUUUGAGCUCAACACUGACCUAGAUGAACUGAGACUUAAUCACUGGAAUCUUUCUUGCCAAUGUAGUCAGCCUGGGUUUGUCUGGAGCUCCAGAUUUGGCAUAUGCAUUGAUAUCGAUGAAUGUUUGGAGGGUACACAUGAGUGUAAGAAUGUUACUGAAGCAUGCCUAAACCUGCCAGGCACUUAUGACUGUACCUGUGCUUAUGGUUAUAUAUACAGUGACACAGAGGAAUCCUGCAUAUAUAACAGUCUCCUGAAUUCUGGCUUAAACAACGAAUAUUUAAAUGCAAAAGUGAAUAUAGCUUCAGCUUUAAGAGGUAUUAUUAUGUGUGACUAUUAUCUAUAA